CUUACUACCCUCUUCCGUCAUCAGUUUCCGGCCAUGUUCACUCUCACAUUUUCUCCUCCUCAUUUUGUGAAAAAACUCGGAUGUCACUCUGAAAGGGGUGUUCAAUUUGACACCGGCGGUGCGUUUUUCCGGGAAGAAAGCGCCACCGCCCGUGACCUUGGUGUUCUCGCUGCUGCCCUUCAGAGGAAGGCUAAUGGGAGUUUGCGUGUUCUUGAUGCUCUUUGUGGGUGUGGGAUUCGCUCGUUGCGCUAUUUGGCGGAGGCGGAGGCGGAUUUUGUGGCUGCGAAUGAUGGGAAUGAGAGCUAUGGAAGGACCAUUGUUGGGAACUUGGAGAGGGCUGCCAAGGAGGACGAGGGGAGGUGGGUGGUUACUCAUUUGGAAGCGAAUCGUGUGAUGACUGGUUAUUAUUUGCACAAGAGUUUGUUUGAUUUUGUUGAUGUUGAUUCGUUUGGAAGUGAUUCUUCUUUCUUGAGAUCCGCUAUGAAUGCUUUGAAGCUUGGUGGUUUGCUCUAUGUUACUUCAACUGAUGGCUAUUCUUCUGGUGGUCACCGUCCUCAUCAUUCUUUAGCUGCAUAUGGAUCCUAUGUGCGCCCUAUGCCAUUUUCGAAUGAGAUUGGUUUGCGAAUGCUUAUAGGUGGGGCGGUAAGGGAGGCUGCAGUGUUGGGGUAUCACAUUACUCCUUUAUAUUCGUACUAUGCUUAUCAUGGACCUGUUUUCAGAGUCUUGCUCAGAUUAAAUCGUGGGAAGAUUCAUGACAGCAGGCAUUAUGGUUAUAUUGGGUUUUGCCACAAGUGUGGAAAUUCCCAUGAAUUUUCUUGGGAUCAGCUUGGCCAGUUCAGUUGCUCCUGCAGUAUGCCACAGGUUUCAAACUCCCUUGUGGUGUCUGGACCUCUUUGGACAGGGCCCCUUCACGAUGCGGCGUAUCUUACGGACAUGUUAAAUCUAGCAAAGCAGUGGGGAUGGAUUGGUUGUGACGGCAAAGACAGUCUUGAAAAGCUUAUCAAUGUGAUGGUGGAUGAAAGUGACCCCAAGUUGCCAUUUGGGUAUAUCAAGUUAGAUGAGAUGGCAAGCCGCGCGAAAAUUAAUUCUCCACCUCUGAAGACCUUGAUGAGCGCUAUUCAACAGAAGGGUUAUGCUGCCAGCAGGUCUCACAUAAAAACAAAUGCAAUCAAGACGAAUUGCCCCAUGACUGAAUGCAUUAGUAUUGCCAAAGAACUACUGCAGGUUUCUGUCUCUUCGUGAUUUUGGUGCUGAAGACUCCUCUGGGGAUAAAUCCACACACAUUGCUGUCACAGCAAACAAAGCAUUGGUUAAUGCUCACAAAUGUUGAAGGGCAUAUCUACUUUCUUGGUCAUAUUGCAAGUUUUGUGACCUAACAUCUGCAAGCUAAUAUGGAUAUGCCCUGAUAGUUAUUUGAUUAUUUAAUUGUCAAUGAAAUGGUAAUGCAUUGCAUUGCAUAAGCACCCCCAACAUCAUUCUUAUAACAUUUUUGGAUAAACUUCUCAUCAAGAAAACUACAAAUAGAAAGAAAGACAUUGGGAGGUGCUCCCAAACCAGAUCAUGCAAGAUGAAGUUGACAUGAAUUAUUUGGUCCUCUAAUCCAUAAUGGUUGAACCAGAAGAGUGGAUCUUGCAUCACCAAUCACUUUCAUAUCCAUUCUAUAGAAAUUUUCAAAGUUCCAAACAUAAAAUGGCUGCAAGUCUUGAGAAAAUGAUUAAUGAAACUGGUGGAGCGGAUAAUACCAGCUCUUGAAUCUGUAUUUGCAACAGUGACAUGUAUUUUGUGUUUGUGUUGAAUCCAUUGGUUAUUGCAA